GUGUAAGCGUGUAACUGUCAGCAAACGGUCUGUCAUCCAUCCAUCUGAUGCUAAACCGUUUUUGUUUGCUUUUUGUAGCAGAACAACGCAGUGCUGAUGAAUCGCAUUUUAUCAUUGCCUGGCUAAUCAUUACUCACGCUCUAACUGCAGUACAGUAGCCUAGAUUAGAUAGUGCGGUGAACAAACAGGUCUAAAUCAAUACAAUCUAUAAAUAAGCCAAAGUCUAGCAACAUGGAGCCGUCGACCUGUGAUGUUGAUACGCCGGACUACAGCGAAGAAAUCGACGAGGAGGAGAGAAUUAACUUCUACAACAUUAUUGCGGCCUUCAGGUGCUACCGUGCAAACUCUUUAAACCAUGUUAAUCGUAAAGAGGCCUACCUCAACUCCCUGCCCGGAACCCAUCAAACGAUGUUGGCCAAUUACCGUGACCAUCUGCAGAAGGUGCGCUACUGCAUCGAAGCAAACUAUAAGGUUAUUAAGCACAUCAUUCAAGACGCGGAUUGUCUAUUCUACAAUGAUUCUAAAAGUACAAACUUGUCUCAACCGCCAGUUACACCGAAAGUUCGCAACCAAGACAUUCAGAAGGUACAAAUAACCCUCAAGCAAAUCUUCCGCGAUUGGAGCGUGCAAGGGCAGGCGGAACGGGAUCAAUGCUACAAACCCAUCAUAGACGAAAUUGCAGAUUUUUUCCAAGACAAACACGGUGCGGUGGAAAACGUUAAAAUCCUAGUGCCUGGUGCCGGCCUGGGUCGUCUCAUUUACGAGAUCGCCUAUCGAGGGUACUACUGCGAGGGCAAUGAGUUUUCUCUGUUCAUGCUGAUUGCUUCCAACUUUGUGUUGAACAGGUGUGUCAUAGAAAAUCAGUGCACAUUUUACCCUUGGGUUCACCAAUACGUUAACAAUCUCAGCAGAGGCAAUCAAAUCGAAGCGGUCACAUUCCCCGAUGUGAGUCCAACAAAAUUUCCCCCAAAAGGCACCAUGAACAUGGUGGCGGGUGAUUUUCUCCAGAUUUACCGUGAUGAAAACUACUGGGACUGUGUGGCGACUUGCUUCUUCAUUGACUGUGCGAACAACAUAAUUGACUUUGUGGAAAUUAUCUACAACAUCCUGAAGCCUGGCGGUAUUUGGGUCAAUCUUGGACCUUUACUUUAUCACUUUAGUGACAUGUUGACCGAAAACAGUAUCGAGCCUACGUACGAGGAUUUGAUCGUCAUCAUUAAGUCGUGUGGAUUUAUUAUCCUGAAAAAUAAAACCGACGUGACAACCAAAUACAGCCAGAACCCUACCUCAAUGCAUCAAAGUGAAUAUAAGAGUAUUUACCUGGUUUGCCAAAAACCGGAACAGGACUAGCGAACACCAUGACAACUCAAGCAAAUCAACAACAAUGUUUUGUUUGACAAUAGAUUUUUUUUUCUCAAG